CCGCCGGUGUCAGUUUGUUCCAGCCCCCUUUUUGUAGCGGUCGCUCGCUGCUGCUGCUGCUGGUGCUGGUGGUGGUGGUUGCGCGCGGCUGCGGCGUCUCGGAGCAGGAAUUUGGGGAGUGGAAAUUCCACUGUUACUUUUCACGACUCGCCUCGUAUUUCUGACAUUUGUGCUGCGGCGCUCGGUCAGUCAGUCAGAGAGAGAGGGAGAGAGAGACGCUGGGAGCGGAGAGAGGCGGAGACAGAGCUCAACUGAAGCUGGAGGAGUAAAGAUCUGGAGAGCGGCGCUCCGAUGUUCCCCGCGGUUGUUUUUCACUGAACACCGGUCAACUGUGAUUUCUCUUCUUCUUCGUUUUUUUUUUUUUUUCCCCCAGUCUCCCGUUUGGAAGUAUAUCCAUUGGCCCUGAUUGGUGUCAGAAGUGAGAGGGUUCUUUGAGCGAGGAUCUUGGGCGCACAAUUGGCACCACGGAUUUUUUUUUUUUUUCUGUGCUUUUCUCCCUUUUCCUUUCUGCGUUCGGAUUAUUUUUUUUUUCCCCGGAGAUGAUGGGAAGUUGUUCCCUGACAGACACAGGGAAGCUCCGCUGCUGAGGCUCGCAGGAUGCAGGGGACCCUACAACAACCAGACCCCUCACUUUGAGACAGAUUCCGGGUUAUUUUUUCCUCCCUGGACGUAAACUCUUCGGACGUUCCUUCUCUUUAGUAUUUUUUUUUCUUUAUUAUUCUAAUUAUUAUUUCAGUUUGGGGUUCCCCAUCUAAUAACGAUGCCUUCUGGAUUGCUAUUGUUCCUUUUCACCCAAGUCGUCUUGGCUGCGUCGUUGACUUACACUGGUGUGGAUGAUUGUGGGGGGAACAUAGAGAUCCACGCCGCGGGCUACCUGACCUCCCCGGGCUAUCCCGGCGCGUACUCGCCCUCCCAGCAGUGCGCGUGGGUGAUCACCGCCCCUGAGUCGGACCAGAAGAUCCUCAUCAACUUCAACCCGCAUUUCGAUUUGGAGGACAGGGAGUGCAAGUACGACUACGUGGAAGUUUACAACGGCGGCGACGAGAAUUCGCCCAUGUUGGGGAAGUUUUGUGGGAAAAUCGCGCCGUCUCCGAUCAUCUCCACCGGCGGUCAGCUCCUCAUAAAGUUCGUCUCCGACUACGAGACUCACGGGGCGGGAUUCUCCGUACGCUACGAGGUCUUCAAGACAGGCCCAGAAUGUUCCAGGAACUUCACGGAUCCCAGAGGCGUCAUCAAGACGCCGGGCUUCCCCGAGAAGUACCCCAACAACCUGGAGUGCACCUUCAUGAUCUUCGCCCCGAAGAUGUCGGAGAUCGUGGUGGAGUUCGACAGCUUCGACAUGGAGCCCGACACCACCCCCCCGCCGGGCGCCCUCUGCAGAUACGACUGGCUGGAGAUCUGGGACGGCUUCCCUGCAGUGGGUCCUCACAUUGGCAGAUACUGUGGCCAGACGUCCCCGGGCCGAGUCAUCUCCUACACCGGCAUCCUGUCCAUGAUCAUCACCACCGACAGCGCCAUCGCCAAAGAGGGAUUCUCCGCCAACUACACCAUCCGCGAGAGGAGCCUCCCCCCUGGACACGAGGAUGAGGAUUUCGCUUGCAUGGAGCCGCUGGGCAUGGAGUCGGGGGAAAUUUCCUCGGAGCAGAUCACCGCCUCGUCUCAAUACAACUCCAACUGGUCGCCCGAACGCUCGCGCCUCAACUACCAGGAGAACGGCUGGACGCCCUCAGACGACACCGUCAGGGAGUGGAUACAGGUGGACUUGGGAUUUCUCCGAUUCAUCACAGCCAUCGGGACGCAGGGCGCCAUCUCCAAAGAAACCAGGAAGCACUACUACGUCCGCUCCUUCAAAGUGGACCUGAGCUCCAACGGAGAAGACUGGGUGCCUGUGAAGGAGGGUUCGAAGCCGAAGAUCUUCCAGGGGAACCACAACCCGACGGAAGAAGUUCACGCCAUCCUCCCCAGACAGACCCUGGCGCGCUACGUUCGUAUCCGUCCCAUGUCCUGGGAGCAGGGCAUCUGCAUGCGCUUCGAGAUCUAUGGCUGCAGGACAUCAGACUACAAAUGUUCGGGGAUGUUGGGGAUGGUGUCCGGUCAGAUCACGGACGCUCAGAUCAACGCCUCGUCCUACGCCGACCGGGGCUGGGUGGCGGAGAACGCGCGGUUGUUGACGGGUCGCUCGGGCUGGACGGGGCAGCAGACCAAGCAGCCCUUCAAAAACGAGUGGCUACAGGUGGAUCUGGGCCAGGACAAGAUCGUGAGCGGGGUCGUGAUCCAGGGCGGCAAACACCGCGAGAGGAACGUGUUCAUGAAGAGGUUCAAGGUGGGACACAGCCUGGACGGAGAGGACUGGACCUUCGUCAAGGAGGACAACAACACCAAACCCAAGAUCUUUCUUGGAAACCAGAACCAUGACACCCCAGAGCUGAGACACAUUGGUCCACUUGUGACCCGCUUCGUCCGGAUCUACCCAGAAAGAGCCACCAACGAGGGCCUGGGCCUCCGCCUGGAGCUGCUGGGCUGCGAACAGGAAAUAACGACUACGGUGCUGCCUACCACUGCCUCCACGCUUCCCAUGACCACGUUCGGUGCGACCACCACGGCUCCGACCACCGUCCCCGGUACGGCGCCGACGGACUGUGAGGACGGAGAGCUGGACUGCGGCGUUGAAAUCCAGACUAGGAUCUUUGAGUACAAUCCAGACACCACAUACAACAACCCCGUCGUGGACGUCAUCCCAGCUUACGUGUGGUUCGCAUGUAACUUUGACUUUGCGUCGUUGUGCGGCUGGACCUCAGAGACCGGUACGGGAGCCCAGUGGCUCACCCAGACCGGCGAGUUUCCCACCGGCCCCAGAGAACCGACGCUGGACCACACAGGCAGAAACGGGAACUUCAUCUACAUGCAUCUCACGGAUUCAGACGCAUCAGGCAAAGCCGGUGAAUAUGAGGACGAGGACAGGGACAGGGUGGCGAGGUUGUCCAGCCUGCCGCUCACGGCGCCGGACACCGACCUCUGCCUGUCCUUCUGGUACUACAUGUUCGGCGAACACGCCGGGACGCUGCACAUCAAGAGCAGGCAGGAGGACCAGCGAGAGGAAAUCCUGUGGAUGGUCAGCGGAGACAAGGACGCCCAGUGGAGGGAGGGACGAGUCCUCCUGCCCCAGGCCAGCUUCUCGUAUCAGGUGGUGGUGGAAGGUGUCGCAGACAGACGCAGCUCAGGACACAUAGCAGUGGACAACAUCCAAAUCCUGGACAAAGUCAGCAGAGACGAAUGCAUUGAACCUGAAACUCCACCGACGGAGAUCUUCAUCCUACCCAUGGACACCUUCCCGCAGGAGACCAGCGAACUCGGUGGCCCGGGCAACAUGCUGAAGACCCUGGACCCCAUCCUCAUCACCAUCAUCGCCAUGUCCGCGCUGGGCGUCUUCCUCGGCGCCAUCUGUGGCGUCGUCCUGUACUGCGCCUGCUCGCAGGGCAGCAUGACGGACAGGAACUUAUCCGCCCUGGAGAACUAUAACUUUGAGCUGGUGGACGGCGUGAAGCUAAAGAAGGACAAGAUGAACGGACAGACUAACUACUCGGAGGCGUGAGCUGUGGGGGGGCGGGGGGAGGAAAUGAGCCGGAGCUCCGCGAACUUCUAAAGGACACGUUGAUGCGGCCAAUCAACAGAGAGGGCUUGACGCCAACCAAUGGGACGGCAGGGUGGGCCGAAAGUGAGCCGAUGUAAUUUUAUUUCUCAGGAGCGGCAGUGGAAGGGACUGACCUGUAGGGGGCACUGUGUAUAAAAAAAAAAAUCUGUACAGCAAAAAAAAAAAAGAAAAGAAAAGAAGAAGAAAAUUCUAUUUGUUUUUCGGCGUGCUUCAUUGAUUUCACGUAAUCACAUGCUGGUGUUGAGACCAAUUCAAGAUGAAAGCUUAUGUCCUUUUAUGGAAAGAUGAGAUUCUUCUUUGUUGUUUUAUUGUUUUCUUUUUUUUUUUUUCAGAUGCCAUUAUUUCACAGAGAAUGUGGAGUUUCGCUCUCCUGAUACCUGGCCCUUUAGCCGGCCAUGUGAGCGCGUGAAAGUGUGUGUCGCAUUCAUGUCCAUCCACAUAUAAGGUGUGUAUGAGUCCGUGUGGCUGUAGAUACGUGCGUGUGCAAUCACACUCGUGUUUAUUUGUGUACAUGAAGUGCUAGCAUCUUUCUGUGUGCGCGCGUGGAGCAGGUUCUGACUUUGCGUCUAGUUCCGACAGUGCCUUUUUUUUCCUCCGGUUUUUCUGUUGCCUUGUUUUCCCAUCGUCCAGGGUUCCUACAACGACACCAGAAACAAAAAGAAAAGAAGAAAAACACACUUUUCCAGACUUUUUUUAAAAAAUCGUUAGCGUUCGUAUUGUCCUGUCAAAUAUCACGUUGGGUCUUGGAGAUGCCUUGAUGACGGCUGCACUGACACCUACUUCAAUUCUGAGUUGUACAUUUCGGUUUCCGGAAAGCAAAGUUUCCCAAACUGAAGACGCGUAGGAGAACCCUGAACGCCUCAUUUCCACGGCACAUGACACAUCCAACAUAUUGUACAUAGGUUUUAAUAUAUUGAGCUCCCUUUUCUAUAACAAAGUCGCCAGUGCCGCAGUAUCCUUUCUCGUUGGAAUCGCCAUUAAUCUCCAAAUUUGGAAAAAAGUUUGGGCAGUUUCUCUAACAAGUGGGAUGUGGUUAUCAGUUUGAGAACAGGACCGGGGUUUUUUUGUACAGGGUAAAAUGGACAAUUUCAGCAUUUCCGCGGAGACACUGACGAGACGGGUCAACGCUCCUCGCUUGACACAACUGUUAUAAACUGUUAACCACGUUAAGUGUGUUCAGUGUCUCUCUUCGGGAGUCUUUCAUCAGGAUGUGGACACUCUCUGAAAGCUGAUUGUCUCAAAAAGAAAAAUGAUGUUUGAUGUUGACUAUCAGGUGACAGAAACGCUGUCUUCUUCUUAAAUAGAGCAGAGACUAAAAACACAAAUUCCUCCAAAAAUAAACAACGGCUUCUUCGUUGGGUUUUCUUUUUUUUAUUGCAAGAACAUCUGCGGUAUCGCAGCUGACAAAGAACGCACCAAGUUCAGAAGUGCCAAAAGACUGCAGUUCUUCUAACGGCCACUAGAGGGUGGCAAGAUGGCGCCGACCGGGGGCGCCACACUGAGCUUCAAAUCUGAGUUCUGUAGACGACGAGUUUCUCUGCAUUUAUGUUAAGUAGGUUUUGUCAAACACUAUUUCUUUGAAUCUACUGCACAAUCAGUUCCUCAUUUUCACUUUAAACUACAUUAUUAUUAUAGGAAAUCACACAAAUUUGGCUUUUUAUCUUAGAAAUUAGUUGGAAAAAAGAAAGAAAAAUGGGCACGUGCUAAUAACAUUGAUUUUUUUUGUGUUUUAGCUUUUAAUCAAACAUGUUUGAUGAUGCGCGUCUUUCGUUCUUGGCACUGCAUAGAUGGGACGACUGAGAAAAACUGAAAAGAAUUACCUUCAUUAAUGCUCCUUUAAGUGGAGCAAAAAGUUAUGGAUUCAAUUUUCCUGCACUGUGGAAAGUUAAUCAGUUCUUCACAUUAACAGCAGGCUUUAAAAAUCUCAUUAAGCUCAGUCUUAAUCCCAGUAGAUUUUAUUUUUUUUUUCAUAUAGAUGCACAUGUUUACAGCAAAAAAUAAGUUGAUGACCGUAGCAGAAUGUGUCUCUUAAUUAAGCUCCUUCCCCUUUAACCCAGAAAGGAUGCUGCAGCACUCGACGUGAAAAACAAAUGUUGCACUGAUAUAUUUAAAAUUAAAAAAAAAAUAAAAAUAAAAAAUGUGUUUAUGAUGUUGAUUUAUGAGAAGAGAGGAAGGCGGACGGAUGUAGAGGACAGUGUUACCGUUGCUUCUUAGUUUUUUUUUUAAAUGGUUUCAGAUGAGUGUGAUAAUUCUGAAAUGUACAAUUUUACGGAGAUGCUUUUCAUUCUCGAAAAAGCCCACACUGCAUCUCUUGGAAGCGUAACAAUUUUAUUUACCUGGUAUACUAUCACCUUGUGUUUUUGUACCGUCACUGAUGUACGUGCCAUGGUUUUGUUUGUUUGUUUUUUUGUUUUUUUUUUGUUAUUCUUUGAGAAAGAUGUUUUAUUUUCAGUACCGUUUCUGUAGGUUUUUGCUGUUUCAAAUCCAGAAAAAAAAAAUGAAGAGGUAAAAUGGACGUUUUAAAAGAAAUACAAAACAAAACAAAAAAAAAUGUAGAAAGCAGUGAGGCCUUACGUGACUAAAAGUAUUGUUUGUACUUGGACUUUCUGGUCAGCUCCCAGACUCAUCCGUCUCUGUUGUCUCAGACUCUCAUCAUUGACUAUUACAUUCCAAAGAAUUGGAUCAAAUAAAUGUUUUAAGUAAAA